AUGGUUUAUGGUUUCAUAUUUGGCGGCAAAAUUUGCGCCGAGAUUUACAAGCGUCAGGUGAACACGUGUCGUCGUAGCACGGAAGUUGCGACGUUCUCGGUCUGUCUGCACGAAGUGUGUGCAUGUGGGCGAAGUCGUUAGGCCUUGCAGGUUUAGCAAUCAUAAGGCAUCAGCCUUCCAUGAGUUGGGCUGGUUCAGAAUCUACAUGACCCAUUGCGGAUGUUUCCCUAACGUAGAUAGGCGAGGGUCUACCCGCUAGUUAUGGCAUGACUGAUAAUGGGAGAGUAUUUGUAAACCCGGGAACCAGUGCGACUGAAGCUGGACUUUUUAGUGUG